AUGACACGGGAAGAAAAUAUCCUAAGGUGCAAUUUUAAUACUGGUGGGGACGGUUGUGGCAACCUCGUCGAUGGUGGUGGUGGAGGAGUGGAUGAUGGUGGUGGGAGUAGAUCAAAAAAGACCAAGCAAAAAAAAGUUCCACAGAAAGGAUUAGGAGUUGCCCAGUUUGAGAAAAUUAGGUUGGAGGAACAACAGAAAAAGGGGGCAGCUGUACAAGCAGCCAAUAUUUUGGCAAAUAAUGCAAUUGGUUCACAUAAUGAUUCUACUGCAUGUUUAGCUAUUCCAUGUCCCAGUUUUAGGCCAAAUCUUUGCCCUUCAAAUUCAGUCCCCUUGCCACCACUAUCACCAACUGAUCUACCCUCAUUGAAUUUCUUGCAUAGGCCUGUCCAAUCGAGCAAAAGUGUUCUACACCCAAAUUCUGUUCAAUUGUCCAAACCAUCGAAUAUAGGUGGAAAUGAAAUAGGUUUGCCAGCAACUUCGGGUCCUGGGCAGGGCAAUUGGCCUAGAUUGUGGAAUGGUAAGUAG